AUGCAGGCAGUGUUUGUGAACGGUGUCAAUAUCACGGGAUUCAACAAGAGAGCCUCCAACGGCUUCAUCUUCCUUGUCAGCAAGGUCGUGCUAAACGGAUCAGGACUGCUCAACAAAACCAACAACAAAACGUCUGGACAACUCCACCGUCAAGCAUAUGUCCUGUGUCGUAAUGGCACAUGGGGUAGAAACUGCACUCACCUUGGCAACGGUACCUAUGGCAACAGCACAUUUUGCCCCAACGGGACCUUUGGCGUCAACUGCACUUACUAUGGCAACGGCACAAUCUGCCCCAACGAAACCUUGGGUGUCAACUGCACUCGCAAUGGCAACGGAACCCAUGGCAACAUCACAUUUUGCCCCAACGGAACCUGGGGUGUUAACUGCUCUCACCAUGGCAACGGCUCAAUUUGCCCCAACGGGACCUUUGGCGUCAACUGCACUUACUAUGGCAACGGCACAAUCUGCCCCAACGGAACCUUGGGUGUCAACUGCACUAUGAAUGGCAACGGUACUCAUGGCAAUAUGACGCAUGGCAGUAUAGCACAUGUUCUACCUCAGAGCUAUGGUCAGUACAGCACCUUGAUUGUGGACUUGAUGAAAACUGGAACCUGGAGCGAGAUCGAGAGACCCCAAGUGACCCUUCUUGCGCCGACCAAUGCAGCGUUCAGCAGCCUCCCGACGGCCUACCGAAACAACCUUGACAAGCAGGCCAAUUUUCUGAAGAGCACAAUGAUGUACCACAUCUUGGACGGCAUCCACAGCCCCGAUUCUCUGCAUCAGAACGACAUGCUCACCUCUCUGGAGGGACACCGCAUCCACGUCUCCAUGCAGAACGGUCACGUGCAAAAGUUCAACAGGGUCAGCAUCAUGAACGUGAUUCAUGCCACCAACGGCGUCUUCUACGUCCUGAACGGCGUCCUUCACCUUCCAAGCAGCCCUAUUGUGUGA